CUCUCAGCGGUGGUAUCCCGAUCCGGAGACUAUUCGCCACCUCCACGCUCUACACUCCUUACUGCCCCACAUCUCACCUGAACGCAUAAUCAACGCCCUUAGCGGCCUCCAGGUCGAUAUAAUAGACGGUAGAACCAGCUAAGUGUUCUGUCGCGCUGUUCUGAAGAAAUUACUGGUUUUAUUCCUCGGUCGUGAGGUAGUAAGCAAAUUCAUCCGCACCUUCCAACGCUCAGAUAACGUCGCCUGGCGCGGUCCACCGACAGAGCAGAAGCUCGUCCUCCCACCAAGAGCCACCGGUACUACCGCUUUCAAAGUCCUGGUAUCUUGGAUGGUGUGAGCGUGCAAGUUCGGCACAAUGUGUUCCAUGAAACCGCUCCGGAUACCCAACAAUCUCUUCGUCACUUGCUCGCUCGCUCGGACCCUGGAGCUGUUCAAGUUGCAUAGGGAUUCUCAUCGUCUGGACAUCGCAAUCACACAGCAGUUCUCGUCCGGACGCCCGAUCUUCGCGAUCGAGAUCGAGACCAUGUGGACAUGCCUGGGCAAGAACGAUAGGUAUGUGUACGCAUGCGUCAGAGCGCUCAGCAGGCGAGUGGGGGAUUCGAAAGUCGCGGAAGAUGUUCAGAGUCUAGCUGAGAGACCUCCGGAAUUGUAUGCGAGGCUCCGCGAUCCUGGGCUGAACGAGUUGUAUACGCCGCAGUUCGGCAGGGAGUGGUUUGGGAAGUUGCAAUAUCGGAGCAGUCAGAGCCUCAGGGAUGAGCGAUCGGGAUGUAAAGUUGCCAACACUGCAGCUCUAGCUGCGUCGCAUCUCAUUCUGCAUCCUAGGAAUUUUCAGAGGCCGGAUGUGCACGUGCAGAG